GAACACAGUGAGGAUGGCCGCCAAGCGAAUUUCCUACAAAAUCGAGGGAGAGGUCCAGGGUGUCAACUUCAGGCACUUCGCAAGCAAGCAAGCCAAGGAGGCCGGCGUAACUGGAUACGUGACCAACGCGUCCGAUGGCACGGUCCAGGGCGAAGCCCAGGGGAGCCACGAGGCUAUCAAGGAGUUCGUGCAGCAUCUGAACAAGGGUCCACCGGCAGCCAACGUAACGGGCGUCGAGCAUUCAGACGUCUCCACGCAGUCGGGGGAGAGCGGGUUCAACGUCAAGUGAGCGCUAUGGCCUUGCGGAGGCGGCAACCAUAUGGUGGAGAGAGUUGCCUACCUGGGUAGCAGCGAAAGAAACAUUUAUCAAACUAGGUCAUACCAUGACUUCUGGAUAUUGAAUUCCUCCGAGACGUGUUGAGAUGUGAACAGAGCGAAGUAUUCCAGGGCUAGCUCCGAGAUAUCUGCAGGCGCCGUAGAAAGCCGCUCGAGAGACGGCGAUGUAGGAUACGAAGGUGGGGGAAGCAGCGGACAAACUCUGUUUAGAGUUUUGUUUCAUGGAGAUAUCUCAUGAUCCAUUUCUCUCCGCAACUCUAGAAAGCGUCGUCGU